UUUCUUGCAGCACAGCCCUUUUCCUUUCCUCACAUCGAAUCUGUGAUACCUUCCCAGCGACCAACCCCCUUACACUCCCGAGAAUAAAGUUUCUCUCCUACGCGCAGCUCUUAUCAGGCUCGGAGAAAACUGUGGAAUCCUACGUUUCAUCCAUUUUUAGAUAAAUGAAAGAUGAAUCAACCUAAGGCUGUUGCAAGUUCAAGUUCAAGUGCAGUUCGCCCAUUACUUCCUCGGCAGGAUUUAGUCUGUACUUCUAAUAAGGCUGUUCCAAGUUCAAGUUCAACUGCAGUUCGCCCAUUACUUCCUCGGCUGGAUUUAGUCUGUACUUCUAAUAAGGCUGUUCCAAGUUCAAGUGCAAGUUCAGUUCGCCCAUUACUUCCUCGGCAGGAUUUAGUCUGUACUUCCAAUAGCAGAGGGAGCACUAAUACUAUUCUGAGCUCAAGGCAACGGUUGCGUUGGACACAUGAGCUCCAUGAACGUUUUGUGGAUGCUGUGGAGAAACUUGGCGGGCCAGAUAGGGCUACUCCUAAAGUUGUCCUUAGAGCCAUGGGCGUACUUGGUUUGACAACAUUCCAUGUCAAAAGCCAUUUACAGAAAUAUCGGCUUGCAGCACACCAGCCAGAGUCUUCAGCUGAUGGUAAAAAAUCUGACAAGAAACAAGCAGGCAAUGCGACUUCAAGCUCAGAUGGUUCCUUCAAGGUACAAAAAUCUCUACCGCGUAAGUGGAAAACAGAGGAGCAAAAGCAGCUGCACGACCCACCUGAGGUCCAGAGUGAGUUACAGAUGGGGGAAGCACACCAAGGCAAACACCAGAAGGUGACUCAGGAGCAUCAGCAGCCCAGUGCAGAUUUAACUGAAGCUGUUUUGAAGACCCCUGUUACUGUUGACCGUGGUCCAGAAUCCAUCAAUAUUGAACCAUCAGUCCCAUUUGGGUCACCUUCCCAAGAUAAGGCUGUGAAUCAAUGCUCCCCUGCUCCUGUCUCAGCUGACGUCUCCCACAAAUCUGUUGAGACCGAACAAUCAGUCCCAUCUUCAUCGAAGCCCCCUCUCCAAGAUGGGUCUCUCGAAGAGUGUGCACCUGACCCAGAAUCAGACAGGACUGAACCAUCGACUAAUGUUCCAGCUUCUGGGUCUCCCAUCAGGGCUGACAUGCCGCAGAGUGGUUCGGUGGCUGAAUCUUCCUCAUUUUCCCAAGAAACAUCUGUUUUAGAUACCACUAAUUGUCGUGUUGGAUCCCCAGUUGAGACUCCUGAGGAUGAGAAGUCUGUGAAGAAGCAGCGAUUGGAUGAGGGACCAGCAUGUUAAUAACCAGAGAUAGGUUGAUACUAUAACCAGAGAUUGGAGGUCAGCCUGGGCUUGGUUCAGCUUACCCGGCGGGGUAGUUUGAUCCUUCAUAACAUCUUGGGCAAUGAAGAGUGGUUUGAAGGGUUUCCAGGCACUGAUAUAUGAUACUUGUGUAUUAAUGGUAUAUGCACCUGCAAGAUUUUUUUUUCUCUUUUCUCUCUUCUCUUUUCUGUUGAUGUAGUUAUUGUAGUUUCUCAGAAGUAUUUAUUUUCUGUUUGAACAACUAGGUGCUGGAUCUGGGAUUUGUACUGUCAUUUUGUACUUUUUCAGAGAGGCUUGUUCAUUCGCCAUUCUUUUACUUCAUUUUGUUAUAUAUGCCUGGAUUCAGAAGGCUUUUAUUGUUCUUAAAA